AUGUCAACUUUUACGGCCUGGCAGGCUGAUCUGUUCCUUUUGAAAGAUUUGCCGCUAUCCGUUGAAGCCCAACGCGAGGAAAUAUUCGCUAAAUACGUGGCACUCGGAGUCUGCGGCCGCGAGCCGUAUCGAAACCAGCAGCGAAGACUAGAGAAGAGGUCUGUUCGAGGCCUUCCAGUACCUAGUCAAGAGCUACUGGCUCGUAUCCGCCUACCUGCUGAGCGUGACUUGAACGAAGAUCCAUGUUGGCUCCGCACCUGCUACGACCCUUCUACAGAAGGCUUGUGGGCCCGGAUUCAAGAUUACAUCGAUACCAAGGUCGGCGGCCCAGUUACAGUUUUCAACGACUCAUCUUUGUAUAACUUUGGUUCCAACUGGGAGAAGAUCUUUCUUCGUAAUGUUCAGGAGGCCCUAGAAGAGGGAAUUGAAUCCGACGAGACGGAUCCCCAUCGUGCCGAGGAAAGCGGCUAUGACCCAGAGGAGGAUGGCAACCCUUGGAUUUGCUUUUAUUCGGAGUACCUCUUCCGUUUAGCGGCGGGACACAUCUACGUCGUUGAUGAAAAAACGUUGGCCUCCGAAGGCGCUGACGCAGGGACUGUCCUCAUCAUCUGGUACGACGAGUGUGGACGAGCAAUCCGUUACUAUCGAGAGAAAGCGAUGCACGCAGCCGAAAUUGCGAAUCUCGACCCUUGUUAUCUCAAGGAACGUGCGUGCUGGAAUAAUGCGGAAAUUGGCGAAUCCUAUAAGUGGGGUGCACCCUUAGGGCCUCCCUAUAGAUUGGAUGAACCGCGAAGGACCCUCUGA